AAACCUCUCGCGCAGCUGCCUCGGGGUCCCUGGCAAGACCCCCUUCUAGGGUGAGCCUUGGACCCCAGCUAGCUGGUAAUAAAAAUAUCUCGCUUCCUUGGGUCUCUCUCUCUGCCUUUGUCCGUCCGAGGUACGAGGGGUGUAGCUAACAUUUGGGGGCUYGUCCGGGAUCCUGAGCAGGUGGACGGACGGGGUACGGAGAAACCAACAGGAGAGAGAGUCUUGGUAAGCGGGAUACUACGGACCCAGGGAAGCUGGCAAGACACCCAGGUGGCCGCACAGCAGGGUAGCCAGCGGGUGGUGCGGGAGACGUCCCUGCCACCCCGAGGUUUUUGGGAAAAGGUUAGGUACKUGUAUUGGAAUAAGAACCGUUUACUGGUAGAAAAUGAGCAUAUAACUGUGCCGGCUGUGGGGAUAUUAUUUGUUGUCUCGUGUGUGUGUAUGUGGUUACUUCUGUCUGCUUGUGAAGGAAAGAUGGGGCAAAGUCAGUCUACUCCUCUUUCCCUUUUUGUUGAACGUUUUCAGGAUGUUAAAAGACGGGGGCAUGAUUUGUCGGUGGAGGUAAAGAAAAACAAACUAAUAAUAUUGUGUUCUAGCGAAUGGCCAACUUUUGAUGUGGGCUGGCCGCGAACGGGCAGCCUGGAUGUACAAUUGGUAAGAAAGAUAAAAGGAAAAAUUCUAAGUCUGGGGCAGGAUGGGCACCCGGACCAAAUACCUUAUAUAACAGUAUGGGAGGACUUGGUUGAGAAACCUCCUGAAUGGCUGAGGCCAUUUAUUAGACAUAAUCCAGAUGCUUUGGAGGUUAAAGAAACUCAAGCAUUAUUGGCAACUAAUGUGGGAAAAGGGGAUAAGAAAAAGGUGGAAAUUUUUCAAAAUUCGCAGACUUAUCCCAGUUUAGAGGAACUGGGAGAUGAAAAUCCCCUGCCUUAUGCUCCGGUACCAGUCACCCCAGAAGGAGCUAUCUCGUCCUCAAGGGCUACCUCAACUACGGAGUUGGGGUCACCUCCGGGAAGAGAUGAACCUCAGGGUGUGAAUAAUGGGGUGCCAGGAUGCACACAGCAGAGGGAACAUGAACUGCGAAGUUCAAGUGUACAAAUGUACCCACUCCGAGCCCUACGCUCAGGGCCGGACGGGGAGAAAAUUUAUCAAUAUUGGCCAUUCUCUUCCAGCGAUCUAUAUAACUGGAAGAGUCAAAAUCCGUCAUUCUCGGAAAAACCUGCGGCCUUAAUAGACCUUGUAGAGUCUAUACUGUUCACUCACAAUCCCACUUGGGAUGACUGUCAACAAUUGUUAAAAAUUUUGUUCACCACAGAGGAACGGGAGAGAAUCCUAGCAGAAGCGCGUAAGCAUGUACCUGGGGUGGAUGGGCGACCCACCACCCAACCCCACCUGAUAGAUGACGGAUUCCCYCUUACGAGACCUCCGUGGGACUUCGAGCAGGCUGAAGGUAGGGAGCGUCUCCGAAUAUACCGCCAGACUCUGAUGGCAGGGCUGCGAGCAGCAGCACGUAAACCCGCCAAUUUGGCUAAGGUUCUUGCGGUCAGACAGGAACCCACAGAAAGCCCAGCCGCGUUUUUAGAACGAGUGCUAGAGGCGUUCAAACAAUACCCACCAUUAGAUCCAAUGGCAGAGGAAAAUAGAGCRGCGGUAAUUUUGGCUUUUGUAAACCAAGCCGCSCCGGAUAUUAGAAAGAAACUGCAGAAAAUAGAUCGACUAGGGGAACAGACAGUACAAGAUCUGUUAAAAGUAGCAGAGAAGGUUUAUAAUAACCGAGAAACACCAGAGGAGAGACAGGAAAGAAUAAGGAAGGAGGAUCGGGAAUUCCAAGUCCGAGAAAACAGACGGAAUCAAAAGGAGUUAGCUAAGAUCCUUAACGCAGGGAAAGGAGGAAUAGAGAGCACAGCGGCAAGUGGGGAAAGGGAAGGAAGAGGGAGGUUGGAGCGGGAUCAAUGUGCGAUAUGUAAAAGGAGGGGGCACUGGAAGAAUGAAUGUCCAGAGAGGAAGAAGGAAAGAACUGGGAAAGGAGGAGGGCUCCAGAAUUAUAAAAGGCAAGUCCAAGUAAUGAUGGCUGAGCACAGUGAGGAAAGCGACUGAGGGUGUCGAGACUCGGCCCCCUUCCCCGAGUCCUGGGUAACGCUUGGAGUGGAAGGGAAACAGAUAGGAUUCUUAGUAGAUACCGGGGCUGAACAUUCGGUUUUAAAUAAAAAUACAGGGAAACUGGCUGAAAGGACCRGUCUGGUUCAGGGGGUUAAUGGAGUGAAAUCCUAUCACUGGACCACAAAUCGGYGGGUGGAUCUGGGGACAAAACAGGUUACGCAUUCUUUUACAUAUGUUCUGGAAUGUCCAGCCCCGUUAUUAGGAAGAGAUUUAUUAACUAAGCUUAGGGCCAGAAUACAUUUUGAGGAAGGAGGUGUAAAAAUAAGUGAUGGGGAGGGAAAUCCUUUAAAUGUUUUGACGAUGAGGUUGGAAGAUGAAUAUCGUAUAUAUCAACCCAGGAGAAUAGAAGGGAUUACCCAGGAAAUAACAGAAUGGGUAGAAAAGAUCCCUGAGGUCUGGGCCGAAACAGCGGGGGUCGGGAGGGCUGCCCAUAGAGCCCCGAUAAUUGUGGAACUGAAACCAGGGGCCAGGCCAGUGAGAGUGAGACAGUAUCCGAUGACGAAGGAGGCGAAGACAGGAAUAACCCCAUGUAUCAAUAAGCUGAUAGAGCUCGGGAUAUUAAAGAAGUGCUGGUCCCCCUGGAAUACCCCCUUGCUGCCAGUUUGGAAGCCAGGCGGGAAUGAUUACCAACCGGUACAGGAUCUAAGAGAAAUAAACRCCCGAGUUGAAGAUAUUCAUCCAACUGUACCCAAUCUGUAUACUCUGCUUAGCACACUCCCCCCUAUGGGCUGGUAUACAGUACUGGAUUUAAAGGAUGCGUUCUUUAUUUUAAUGCUAGCAGAGAAGAGUCAAGAAAUCUUUGCCUUYGAAUGGGAAGAUUUACAGAAAGGGAUAUCGGGACAGCUUACCUGGACRAGGUUGCCUCAAGGGUUCAAAAACUCACCAACCCUCUUUAAUGAAGCACUAAGCGAUGAUUUACAGUCAUACCGAAAUAAGCACCCUGAACUAACCUUAUUACAGUAUGUGGAUGAUAUAUUAAUAGCGGGAGUGACUGAGGAGGACUGUAAAAGGGGUACUGAAGAUUUACUACAAGAAUUAGUUCAAUUGGGAUACAGAGUCAGCGCCGAGAAAGCACAGAUAUGUAAAAAGGAAGUUGUAUACUUGGGAUAUAAAUUAAGCCAAGAGAAACAGUGGCUGACAGCCCCUAUGAAAGAGACUAUACUGUGUAUCCACGAACCACGAUCGGCCCGAGGAGUAUGGGAAUUCCUGGGCUCGGUGGGCUAUUGUCRGUUGUGGAUCCCGGGAUAUGCUGAAAUAGCAAAGCCACUUUAUGAGGGAAGCUGGGUGUCUCAGGAGUGGAUAUGGACUCGAGAAAUGGAAGAGGCUUUUGAAGCCUUGAAGCAGGCAUUGCUAGAAACCCCAGCCCUGGCACUCCCCGAUCCGUCUAAGGAAUUUCACCUUUUUAUUGAUGAAAACAAGGGCAUUACUAAGGGAGUGCUGACUCAGAAUAAAGGGCCGUGGAAGAGGGUGGUGGCUUAUCUGUCAAAGAAGUUAGAUCCUGUGGCGGCAGGAUGGCCUCCGUGCUUGAGAAUAAUAGCGGCUGCUGCUUUAAUGACUAAAGCUGYGGACAAAAUGACUUUUGGACAACAGCUAUGGGUUACUACCCCGCAUCAAGUGGAAGCUGUUCUCCGGCAGCCCCCAGCACGRUGGUUAACAAAUACAAGACUGGCACAUUACCAAAGCCUGCUGCUAGAUCCGACCCAUCUGAAGUUUACAAAUCCUCUGGUUUUAAACCCGGCCACUCUACUCCUGGAUCUGGAUUAUAAGAAGCCGGUGCAUGAUUGCAAGCAAAUACUGGCUGAAGUAGUCACAGUGCAAAGAGACUUAAGAGAUAAGCCUCUGGAAGGAGGGGGGCUUGUGUGGUUUACGGAUGGGAGCAGUUUCAUGGAGAAUGGAAUCAGAAAGGCGGGAGCGGCAGUUACCACUGAUCUGGGCGGGAGAGUCAUUCGGAGCGCCCGACUGCCGCAAAGUCCAUCGGCACAGAAUGCUGAGCUAAUAGCUCUCGCAAGAGCAUCAGAACUGGCUGAAGGGAAGAGGCUGACUGUGUAUACCGAUAGCUGGUACGCCUACGGAACGGUGCACAUACAUGGUGCAAUAUAUAGAGAAAGAGGAUUUGUGUCAUCAUCUGGGAGGGACAUUCGAAAUAAGGAGGAGAUACUGCGGUUGUUAGAAGCGAUUCAGAAGCCUAAAGCAAUAGCUGUGAUUCACGUCCCUGAACAUGAGAAAGUGACGGACCCGAUUAGCCGAGGGAAUCAGAGGGCYGAUGAGGCAGCGAAAGAAGCAGCUAGAGCGACUCUCGAAAAGGACCAGGAAGGGACUAGAUGGGAACUGAUGCUAAAUAUCCCUCCCUCAGGGAUGGGGCAAUUACCUCAGACACCGAAUUAUACUGAUGAGGACAUCCAAUGGAUAAAAGGGACUGGAAAAGCGGAAAAAGGAGAAGAUGGAUGGUAUAGGGGUUCAGACUCGACUCUAAUGUUGCCUCAAGCUCUGGGGAAGCAGCUAUUAAACCAGUUGCAUCGAACAACACAUCUUGGAGAAAGAUAGGCUGCAAAAUUAGUGGCUUCAGCCAGGUUACGGUUCCACAAUCAAGGGGUGAUAAGUCAAAAGAUAGUAGAAGAUUGCAGGGCCUGUCAAAAGAUGAAACCAGGAAAAGUAACAGGGCAACAUUCGGGAGUGAGAUCAAGAGGGCGGAGCCCAGGGAAAGCAUGGGAAAUAGAUUUCACAGAAGUAAAGCCAGGGAAAUAUGGGUAUAGGUAUCWGUUGGUAAUGGUAGAUACCUUCUCAGGAUGGGUAAAAGCUUUCCCAAUGAAACGGGAAACAGCACGAACAGUAGCUAAGAUACUGAUGGAAGAAAUAAUUCCCAGAUAUGGGAUACUGGAAGUGAUAGGGUCUGMCAAUAGGCCUGCUUUUGUGGCCAAUGCAAUUCAAAACUUACUGCACUUAGUGGGAACAAAGCGGAAAUUGCAUUGUGAGUGUAACCCACAAAGUUCAGGACAAGUAGAGAGGAUGAACCGAACAUUGAAAGAAACAAUAACAAAAUUAAUAUCAGAGACUGGUGGUGAUUGGGUGACGCUCCUGCCUUAUGCCAUAUUCCGGUACRAAACGCGCUGUAUGUGAUGAACCUAACACCUUUCGAGAUCGUGUAGGGGCACCCCGCCGGUAUACCCUGUCAAAAASAAAUGGAGGGAGAAAAAGGGGUUACCCGGGGAUAUGAUACAGGCAAUGCAUGCAAUACAAGAAGUCCACAGGGAAAUAUAUCCGGUAAUCAGAGCCAUAUAUGAACAAGGGGACCUACCCGAGGGGUCCCUACAUGAUCUCGAACCAGUAGACUGGGUAUGGGUAAAACGCCAUAACCCGAAAUCAUUAGAAACAAAAUGGAAAGGACCGUAUGUUGUAAUCCUUGUAACUCCUACAGCUCUUAAGGUGGACAGAGUAGGCCUGUGGAUACAUCACUCGCAUGUGCGGAAGGCCAGCCUGCCAGAACAAGAGGAAGCCGAAAGGAUCGAGCUGCUAUAGAUUUYCUUCUCCU